GACUGAGAUAUUUAAAUAAUGUUAAAAAUGAUAUAUAAUCCAAACCGUGAUCACAAAUUCAACCGUUGUGAUCAAUUAUUGUGUAUAACUGCGUGUUUUUCCUACGCCAGCACAUCUCAAUCCCUACAAAUCUAAUCUUGGAUCAAAACUACCCUACACAUUCAUAUUCACAUAUAUACAUGCGGCUACAAAGCAAUUCCACCAAAGUAGACCCAUCCCCCAUCCCCAUCCUUUUGGGGGGAUUCCUUCCUUCACACCCACAACAAAGUACAACUAAGUAAUCACCAUUUGCCAAAAAAGAAUAAAUAAAAAAAAUAAUGGAAUCCAUAAAAGUCUAUCUUGAUGGUUCAUCUUAAAACAAAAAUGAUUAACACUUUUGUGUUGGCGAUAAUCAGCGCCCAACCUCUUGUGUUGUCUACACUCUCAUAUAUUAUUUCCUUACUUUCAUUCUUUAAUCAAAUCAUUGAACCUUUUCUUAAUUUUCUUCUCCAUUUCUCAAAAAACAAUAAAACAUCUCCCAAAUUCUUCUUCACCAGCCGGAAAUUAAGACAAAGUAACCAAAACAAACAACCUUAACUUCUCUUUUUCUCUUCUAGCCGCUACCUCCACUGUUUCUUUCUUCAAUUACGUCACUAGGACACUAACCCUUUUCUUUUGCCUUUUAUUCUUUAAUCAAAUCUAGUGAUCUAGUAAAUAGCAGACAUCACUGUAAAAUAUUCAACAAAUUUUAUCUUGUCUUGUAUACUAAUAUUUAGUAGACAAAAUUAUUUUGAUAUUUUAGACAAUUUAGUUUUUGUCGGUUCUCGACUUUCAAUUUGUCUACAAGUAGAUUUAAAAUUGAAUACACUAUAAUUGAAAUUUUCACAUCGAUUGUCUUUUCAGUUCUGAUUUUAGUCUUUUUCCGAUCACAAUCAAACCGUGAUUCUCCCUACCAAGUUCAGCGUCAAUCAUCACUGAACCAACUGAUGAUCGUUGCAUCGAUUGCCUUUGUUACUAACACGGAUUAUCAGGAAAUAUUAAUUAUACUCUGUCCUGUCCCUUUACACUUCACUAAACUCCAACCACCACCAAAUAUAUUAUACUAUUACUAAUCAAAUCACUAAAACCUAAUCUCUCUUUCACUUUUCCCUCCAUAAAACCCGUGUCGUUUCAUACAAACAUCUCUUUCAUCUCUUCUCUUUACAUACAUACAUACAUACAUAAACACCCAUUCAAAUUCACUUCUAAAAAACAUUAACAAAAUGGCAACUGUAGAAGAUGUGAAAGAAUUCAAAAAAGAGCAUCAAGAACUUAUUCCAGGUUUACCAAACGAAAUAGCAGAGAUUUGUCUUCUUCAUGUUCCAUAUCCAUAUCAACCUCUAGUACGCUCUGUUUCUUCUUCAUGGAACAGAGCAAUAUCAAAUCCAUCUUUUACACUCUCCAAAAAAACCCUCUCAAAUCCACACCUCUUUGUAUUAGCUUUUCACACAGUAACAUCCAAAAUUCAAUGGCAAUCGCUAGAUCCUUCUUCUAACCGUUGGUUUAUACUUCCUCCGAUGCCGCUUCCAAACGACACCGUUUGUCCAACCUCGUUUUCAUGUGCUUCGUUGCAACGUCAGGGUAAGAUAUUCGUCAUGCGAGGUACUUGUUCGGAAACGGAGACAUUCAUUUACCGUGCCGCGGUAAAUAAAUGGUUGAAAGUUUCGGAAAUGAUCACCGGGAGAAAAUCGUUUUUCGCGGCGGAGGAAGUUAACGGAAGAAUCGUGACGGUUGGUGAGAGUGGGACAGAUAUCUACGAUCCAGAGAAUGACACGUGGAAGAGAUGUUCGAAAUUUACCGGCGAAUUGGAUAGGUAUGAAAUGGUGGUUAACGGAGGGAAGUUGUACGUAACAGAAGGAUGGUGGUGGCCGUUUGCGGUUAGACCAAGAGGUUGGGUUUACGAACUGGAGAAUGACACGUGGCGUGAGAUGGGAGACGGAAUGAAAGACGGUUGGACAGGGGUGAGUGUUUCGGUGUGUGGGAGAGUGUUUAUGAUACCAGACGUUGAUUUAGCGAUGAAGGUUUAUGAUGAAGUGACUGACACGUGGCGGUGUGUGGGUGGUGAGAGAUUACCUAGAGAAAGAAUGAAGAAACCGUUUGUUGUAAGAGGUUUAGGUGAUAGAAUCUAUGUGGUGUCACUUGGUUUGAAAGUGGUUAUUGGUAGUGUUGUUGUUGAUGAUUCUGAUGAUGUGUGUGGUGUUAAGGUGACGUGGCAGGUUUUGGAGGGAACAGAAGUUUUUGGUGAAUUUGCACCUUCUAGUUGCCAGGUGAUGUAUGCUUGAACAACUACAAACAGUAACUGUUUUGAACUGGUGGACAGGGUGGACAUGUUUUUGUUUUUGUGUAUGAUUUUUGUUUAAUAAUGUUAAUUAAUCUUUCAAGUUCCAACAUGUUUUCCCAAUGCUUCCGCUUGGUGUUUUUUAAUUUCAAUUUGAGUGAGGGUUAAUGGAAUUGGGACUUGUUAAUUGAAAAUUGAAUCUGAUUUGAGGGUUGGCCUUGUCUCAUAAUUCAAAUGUUCAAUGUAAAAUACAAAUGGGGUCUAACUUCUAAGUA